AUGAGCGCCGUUGCGAAGAAAAACAGCCCAAAGAUAUCGCUGAAAGUGAGUAAUUCAAGUCGUAUUUUGUAUGAGACUUCCAUUUAUUUUAUUGUAUAAGUUUUUAGAAAAAUUCGACCGAUUUUUAGAUAGAAUUUUGAGAUUUUUCGAUCCGGAAUUUUUUGAAAAAUCCGUAUUUUAAGAAUAAAUUUAAGGUAAAAUACGCCUGAUAUACGUUUCAUUGGUAUUGCUGAAGCCUUUUUUCACUAUUUCUCAAGAUUUUAUGAAUAAAAAUUUGCAAAACAUACUCCAAAAAUUAUCGUAUUUUAGCCAAAAUUAGAGUAAAAUACGUCAAGUGUGCCCUUUGGAUCAUUUUGAAAUGUCGUAAAAUUAAUUUUAAAUAGAUUUUCAACAACUUUUUUAUCCAUUUUUCAAUAAUUUUACUAUUUUUUCAUCAAAAAAUAAAAAAAAAAUUUCAGUUUUUGGACAUUGACUCCGAAAAGGCUGAAUUCGCUCAAAAAGUGGUCGCCCAAUUCCUCGACUCCCUCGCUGACUCCAAAUUCAACACCCCCGCGCUGGCCAAGGCCCUGAAACAGGCGUUCGAUCAGCGUUACGGGCCGGCCUGGCAUUGUGCGGUCGGAAGUUCGUUCGGCUCUUCGGUGGCUCAUGAGGAAAACCACUUCAUCUUUUUUCAUGUCGACAAUUUCGCGGUUUUGUUGUUCAAAAGUGGCAAUAAUGCGUAG